UCUGAGGCUUGAUGAGAUGAGCAACAUCCUGCUGCAGGUGUCCGAACGGGACACGCGGAUGUUGCGGAGUCUGGCGCAGUUGUCGAAAAACGAGGUUCCCCAGCAAAGAGAGUCUAAAUCCAAUCAAUCACUGCAGAUGAAAGCUGUCGGCCUGACUGAGAAACUGAAUCCAAUCCCCCCUGCGGAGCCCACAAGCAGCUACUGUUGCUCUGUGCUUCCAAGAAACCUAACUCUCCAGCUCUCGCCGUACGAGCUGUGCUACUUGUGCAUGCAACGGUCUUUGAGGAAUGUUCUAGAGAACAGACGAGAGCAACGAGACGCAGAGGAGAAAGCUUGUGGAAACCUUUUACUGCUUACAGAACAACUGAGAGAUGAGCAGGAGAUGGAGCAAGAGCUGGGGUGUGCCAGUGCAAAGCUAACUGAGCGGCGUGAGCAGGCAAAGAAGGUGGCUGCGUUCAACUUGCACAUGUCAAGGCGGGAGAAGAGCUCCUGUUUCGACUGUCCUAGAUCAUUCGUCUUCCCGGCUCGACCAGUCACUCCCCCGAAGAGGAUACGGCAGCAUCGUUACAGGCGUGAUCUACGGAACCAGAUGGAAAGGAGACAGCAACUCGUGGCUCAGGACCAGCAGUACCGCCUUCUUACAGAGCGACUUGACCAGAUGCAGCUGAUGGAGGAGAUAGCUUUGCAGAGGGCUCAGCGGCUCCAGAAGAAACUGGAGAAAACCAAGCAUUACAGGAAGGCUCUGGACGCUCAGGUGGAGGACAAGAUGUUCACAUCGUGUCCCGAGUGUCCGCCUGACAAACCAAGACUAAAUCGCUGCAAAACAGCAAUUAGGAGGGCAGAGAACCGAAAGAGAGCACAAAAGCUCUUUCAGGCAAACUUCAGUGUUGCCACUCAGAGGGAGGAGAUCCAACUACACUUUUUCUUUUUCCAACUACAGCUGGAUGGAUGUGCAUCAAAAAUGUGCUCCCCCCACCCUCCGGACAGGUUAAUGCAGGACAACACCAAUCAUUUUGAAAAGAAGCGUGCCUUCCGAAAAUUACUGGAGGACGACUGGAGUCGAAGUGUUGAGCUCAAACACAAGCGAGAGGAAGAGGAGAGGCGCUUCCUGAGGUCUGCUGGAAAACUGCUGGUAGACAAGCUCAAAGAAUGCCAACGCUGUUGGAGGUGUAAAACGAGGACCACCAACUGCGGAGAAACCAACAUAUGGAAGGACUCGUGUUGCCCCUCAGGUUCACAGCUUAUGAUCUGAAGCAGAAUGACGUUACGAGGAAAACACUAACAAAUUGAACAAGUCGCUGCUGCAUUGCAGCCCAGUGAAAUAUACACCAGUUUAAUUGUUCUUGAUCACUCUUUCACAAUUAUAAUGCGCAAUUCGCAGCUGCUCUGUGUUUUAUUUAUUUUUUAGUCGUUUUAAACUCUGGAAACUUUUUUUCAGAGAUCCAUAAUAAGUGUUUCUACAGAAUAAGUUUUAAAUAGGAUUUGAUGAUUGUGAGCUUCAUUUUAUUGCUCUGCCUUUAUUAUUAUUAAAUUAAAGAAGCAAAUCUGCGAUGAUACGAGCUUUCUCAGACAGAAUCUGUUCAAAACAGGCGACUUGUAGUUAGAAAGAUUUAAAGUGGAAUGGAAAUACCCGCAGAGUUUAAAUGAAGCUUAAUUAGUACUUAGGAAAUUCUUGAAAAAAAAGUAUCCCUCAGUGUCCCCUAAUUUAACCAGCUGCAACUGGAACAGGAUUACUACACAUUUUCUGCUGCAGUUACUGGGAAUGAGUGCAACACCCCCUGCUUUGCAGUAUUUAUCCUACUUGGAAGCUUUUCUAAAUAAUACUCUUAAAUCUCCUGGGACCACCUGCGAGUUCCUCAGAAACCACAACAAAAGUGAGCCUGCAGAAACCGUGUGAAAGAUCACUUUCCAUCCUGGGAAGUGUGGGGAUUUUUCUUUUGACUAAAAAGAUGGGAAAUGGUAAAUCAAAACGGCAUCUCAACAAAACCACUGUUUGCUCUACAUGUCCAGGCUUUGUACAUGGCAGUGAAAAACAUGAUCAAAUAACAGAGAUUACAGAUAAUAACAGCAAGCAAAGACAUUUUUUCCCCCAAACUCCCCAGCUUUAUCUGCCAUUCUGUUUCACUUCAGGAUAUGCUUUUUUAAAAAAAUAAAUACAAACAUUAGUCCAUAAUAUUGAAUAAAAAAAAAAACAGAUUUAGGAAAGACUCUCCUCAGUAACUAUUUUGAUAUAUUCUGGAAUUAAAUGUUCAGUUUAUGCUUGUAAUCAUCUCUAAAGUGAUGAUUACAGGCAUCUCAUAAACUUACCAAGAUUCCUGCCCCUUUAUGCCCCUUACACGAGACCCACCGUUAGAAAAUAUCUACUACAACAGUAAGUUUCAACAUGUGUAACUUGGGUAAGGUUCUUGCUGUUGUCAUUUUAUCGUCUCCAUUUUCAUCUAUUUAUUUGGGUUCACGUUAUAUUAGAGUUUUACAUUAACUAAUUACUUAGGGCUCCCAGCUACAUUGCCCUUUUUAUAUUUGGGAAUCCUUAAUGAAUGCUGUCUAUGCUGUCUCUAGGAUCACAAAUAGAAAUUCAGUAAUAUCUAAAGCUGAACUGUGCUUUUCUUAGUUGAGCUGAACCCCAAUGCCACACCUGCAUCCCACACUGUAAUCGCUCAGUGAAAAGUCACAAACUGUGCACUAGUACAAAAACCGUUUCAAGUAACGCCUUAGGGAGGAGACUUCAACCAGACAGACUGCACAUACUGGUAAAAGUGCUGCAGCAAAAAAAA